AUUGCAAUUUAGAAACCAUGUCAAAAAUUGGGUAAAAAAAUCUCGGACCCUAAGAUUUUAGAAAUUAGCUCCGUCUAGCUUCAUUUUCUCAUAAACCCCAUCUCUGCAUACUUCUCUCUCAGGUUAUACGAAGAUGAAGCUUAUUCAAUUUGCAUUGAGGUCUUUCAAUGGCGGGCUGUCUCAUCAGUUGAGAACCCCCGGGCCUCGAGUCGUGGUUAGGGCUUUUUCGGCAGGUGCUGAAGCCAAUGUAAGUGACAACAGAUUUGAGACUCGAGAUGACUUUGAGCAGCGAAUAUUUGGAGGUUUCACUGGGAAUAGCUUGAAUGACAGUCCAAGUCAGCAGUCUUUCUUCCGAAGGCUAGAUAGGGCUGAGAGGGCUCACAAUCAUCCUGAUUAUGGCAAUUCUGGUGGCAGAUUUAAUUUGGAUAACAGAUCUGAAAUUUUUGAUGGUUUGGAUGAGAGUUUUAACACCUUGUCAGAUGGAAUGGAUGAUAAGUUAAAAGAAGCUGCCACUUGCUAUGAUGCUCUUGAAAUUUUUGAAGAUCCAGAAUACGAGUACAGGCCGGACGUGAACUGGAGUCGGAUUGGGGACACUUAUGAGCUCAGGGAUCUGGAUAUUAAAAAACCAGGCAUAUGGGAACCUAAUAAAAGGCAGGAAUUUGAAACAACAACAGAGGAAGUUCUGAGAAAGGCUGAUUUCAGGAAUGUGCGAUUUCUUGCCAACUUCAUAACAGAUGCUGGAAUUAUCAUCAAGAGGAGCCAGACCAAAAUUAGUGCUAAAGCCCAGCGAAAGGUGGCCAGAGAAAUUAAAACAGCUCGAGCUUUUGGUUUAAUGCCCUUCACUACAAUGGGGACGAAGCACUUCAGAUAUGGAAAGACGAUGGAGAGCCUUGAUGCAGAUUAUGAAUUUGAGACAUACGACACCAGUUACAACUUUGUUAACGAGGAAGCCAGCCAAGCUCCCCCUUAAAGCAUACAAAGCCCGUGCUGUGCAUGUGGUUUUCUUACCGCCCCUUUAAUUACCUUUUGGCUCCAUUAUAUGCUCCACUGUUGAUGCUGAGAAAGUAUGUGUUUCGGCCAGAUAUUUACAUCUACAAGUUCCUAGCUAGUUAAGGGUUCCCUUGUUUUAUAAUGCUUAUUCAGAGCAAAUUACUUUAUAUUGCGUUUGACAUGUAUUUCAUUUUAAAUUUUGGAUCUCAAAUUACAUGAUUUGAGGUGUCAUUUCAAAUUCUCAGCUUUAUAUUAAUAUUUGAAUGUCCUGGAUUUCAAAUGAAAUUCAAAUCCAACUUUUUUUGUGUA